AUGGUUGGAAAAGCAGACCCAAAGAAUGGCAUCUUUGCCGGCGGAUUCGGUGCUUUAGGCUGUCCCACCCCUCAGCGAGGAAUCGCCGCAUACACCAUCUCCCCAAACCGUCAAAACCCUCUGGCUGGCACACUCCACGCUGCGAUUUUCAACACUUUCCGCCGCUUCCGCCAUCAAGUUCUGUACUUCGCGCCGCCGUUUAUCAUUGCUUAUGCGGCUAUGAAUUGGGCUGUUGAAGAGAAUGAAUACCUGAACUCAAAGCCCGGUCGACUUGCUCAUGGUGGGGAGGAGUAG